AUGGCAUCUGAGAGUCUCACUGCUCUGAAUGGAACCAGGGGCCUGGGAAAAGAGAUAACUAAAAUCAGAAAUAACCUGCACGCGUAUGCGUUGUCUGAGGAUGAAGGUUCAUAUCAUCCGCCACUCGACAGCAGCCAGGACUGGCAAAAUCCAGCUUCGGCUGAGAUAUGUAAGAACGGCAAAGCGUGGAAGUCACUGGAGGCCAGAUCUAAGAGCCUGGAUUCCCUUGGGCCGGAAAACAGUGACAUGGUGUGCACCAGUCGAGGGGAGAGUCAUUGGGCAGAGGGAUUGUGUUGCAGCCAGCUGUGUAGGACCUAUGAUCCAGUGGAAACGUUCAGCGGCUGCCAGGGGGGUGGCUCUCGUACUGGAAGAGAGGGAACAGUGUCUCAGCAGGGCAGCAUUCAGUCGGAAACAGAGGGGUUUUCUUCUGACGUGACUCGCCUCACUCAAAGGCCGCCAAAUUUAAGCGGUUCGGAUACUGCCCUGUGCCAGCUGGAUCCUGACUCAGAUAAACGAAGGGAAGAGAGAACGUGCUGUAGCCACUGCACGAGGAGAAGCAGCCUGCCCGCGCCCCCCCUAACGGGAACCCACUACGCGAGGGAAACCGCAGCGCGGGAUAGGUCAGCUGUCAGAUGUGGUCGCUGUUUUAAAGAUAUCUACUCCAGCUUGGAGAGGCUCGCAAGGAUACCCAAAGCCAAGUGCUCUGUUCAAGAGUGUCUGAGGGGGCCUUUUCGUGGAACGAUGGCUCUGAAAUCGUCUACCGCCAUCCAACAAAGUAACGCUGAGGACGUCGUGUCGGAUAGCAGGUUCGCGCGGAGCAAGGAGCGCUCCACUGUCCUGGUCAGAAGAUAUUUGAAAAACAACCAGAAGAUCAAGAAGACUGUUUGCACUGGCACCAGAGUGAUUGUGAGAAAGCUACCCACCGGUCAUAUCUCAGAGAGGGCAUGGGAGUCUGUUUGUGGAAAGACCUGUCACCCAGCUGUGAGGCACCUACAGACAGCCAGUGUACAAACCAGAGUGCCUCUGUCCCUACUGCUGCAGGUUUCCAAAGCUCUUCUCACCUACGCAGGGGUCAGGUUCACAAAGGUUGGUCAAGCUGAUCCUAUCCUGACUCCAGAGGUCCACUUCCUACACCCCUCCUGGAAACUUCUGGCCUGUGUGCAGCCCUCUUACCCAGGGUACUGCUCUGUAGGGACAUGGCCCUUGUCGUCCCCAGUGUUGAUUAACUACCGGGCCUGCUUUCUGAGGACCAGCAUUGCUACUCAGCUCACUGGAGCCUUGCUGGAGGCUACUGCAGGCCUCGCAGCCCGGACUUCGUUACCCAGUGUCGCUGUUGGCUCCACCAGCAAAGCCACCCCAAAAGAGCGGCAGCUCUGCGGCUCCAUGGCUGGCGCCAGUGCCCUGUCGCCCAACGUGACGGGCAUCAGCAAGGAGCUGGCGGACCUGCGUCACCUCAUUCAGUUCCCCGAAGAGAUCGCCUACGUCCUAACGGAACAGGAGCAGCAGCUGUAUCGCCGCGUUUUCCCUUUGGACUACCUCUGUUUCCUCACCCGUGAUCUGGGUAGCCCAGAGUGCCAGAAGCGUCAUCCGCACCUCAAAGCGUCUCUGUCUGCUCCCAGUAUGCCCACGCAGAACACCCACUAUAACACUGUGGAGGAUCUGGUGACACGCUUCAACGAGGUCAGCUCCUGGGUGACAUGGCUGAUCCUCACUGCGGGCACUAUGGAAGAGAAGAGGGAGGUAUUCUCCAACUUGGUUCAUGUGGCAAAGUGCUGUUGGAACAUGGGCAACUACAAUGCGGUUAUGGAGUUCUUGGCAGGGCUCAGAUCUCGAAAGGUCCUUAAGAUGUGGCAGUUCAUGGACCAGGCUGACAUUGAGACCAUGCGCAGCCUGAAAGAUGCUAUGGCCCAGCACGAAUCCUCAUCAGAGUACAAGAAAGUGGUGAAUCGGGCCCUUAACAUUCCUGGCUGUAAGGUGGUGCCGUUCUGCGGUGUGUUCUUGAAGGAGCUCAGUGAUGCUCUUGAUGGUGCUGCUAGUCUGAUUGGUUUACGCCCUUCUUUGGACUCUCGUGAGGACUCCAUGGAGUUUGUCUCGGACUACGAUGGCCAGCAGCACUUUCUUCAGAGAGCAGGAAGUGAUGGCCUGCACAGCUCAGAGAAAGAGGCCACAGUCAGCAACAUCCUGCAGACCAUCCGAAGCUGCAACCGUAGCCUAGAAGCUGAGGAGUCUGAGGAGGGCGGCCGUGAGGGUGGUACCUUCUAUGCCAACUAUCUCAAAGACAAGAGCAGAAACCAAUUUUUAAUGGGGGAGCUCUCGGACUCUGAGGGAGAUUUGGCGGAUUUGACUCCUAAGGAUAUAGAUGUCCAGACAGCUGAGGAGACGCAAGGAGCUUUCAGUCACGGCACGGAGCUCAUCCCCUGGUACGUGCUCUCCUUACAGCCCGACGUGCACCACUUUCUCCAGCAGGGCGCCACCGUAAUCCACUACGACCAGGAGACCCACCUUACCGCCCGUUGCUUCCUCCGUCUGCAGCCCGAUAACUGUUCCCUUACGUGGGCCAAACCUCAGAGCAGCUGCCCCCUGGUCUGGAAAGCCAAGGGCUUUGUUGGAAGCCACCCAUGGCCAGAGAACCUUCCCCUGGGCCAGGCUGUUUUCAACGGGCUUACAGAAGGGCUUCUGGACCUGACCUUGGUGAAGGCUGUGUUCAUGGGUCACCACGGACUGGACAUUCACUCCGUCUGUUUGCAAAAUAAGUUGUGUAAUAUGAAUGUGGAGGAGAAUGGCAUCACACUACUCUAUGGGCUCCACACUACUGAUAACCGUCUUCUACACUUUGUGGCCCCCAAGCAUACGGCGAACAUGCUGUAUGAGGGCCUACAAGAGCUGGUCAGUGCAAUCAGGAAAAUCAAAAAAUUCCCCGACCAGAGGCUGCAGUGGCUUCGCAGGCAAUACGUCAGCCUGUACCAGGAGGAUGGUAAAUUUGAGGGUCCGACGUUGGCCCAGGCCAUUGAGCUGUUCGGGGGCAGACGUUGGAACAUGGGUGCGGGUAGCACAGGGACGCUGGGUAGAAGCACGGAAAAGGCCGGUUCCCAGAGGAACAGUCCCCUGGCUAUCAGCUCCACCUCCAAGAAGAAAAAGAAAAUCCUCAUCAGGGGAGACAGUGGGGACGGUACUGAUGAUGAAAUGAUCAUGCGAAAGACAAGGAGCUGUAAGGAGAGCCUCGGAAGGAGGGAAUCCGAUCCUUUAGAUGCUGUGGACCAGGAGGAAACCGGUGAGACAAAAGAAUGUAGCCUUCCUGGAUCUUCCUCCCUAUCAACCAAAAAUCAGUUCCCGGGAACCUCUUCUUCUACCUCCUCCUUCUCCUCAUCCUCCUCUAGUAUAAACACCUCCACCCCUGCUCGGCCACAUUCCUCUCCCAUUCCUCCAAACAGCUCCAAAACCCAGUCAGGUGCGUGGAGCAGCAGGAGCUGGCAUGGGCGGGGGAAGGGCUGCUUCAAGGGGUUUCAGAACCUCAUGAUCUCAGACAGCAUCAUGAGUUUCAUUGAGUUUGUGGAGCUGUUUAAGUCCUUCAGCAUCCGGAGUCGUAAAGAUCUUAAAGAGCUGUUUGACACAUACGCUGUGCCCUGUGUUCGCUCUAGUCCUGAGUCUGCUCCUCUGUACACCAACCUAAGAAUUGAUGAUAAAGUCACUGGGCUUCAGCCCGAUUUGGAUCUACUGACGCGCAAUGGAUCUGACCUUGGUCUCUUCAUCCGCACUCGGCAGCAGAUGUCCGACAACCAAAAGCAGAUCUCGGACGCCAUUGCAGCAGCGAGCAUUGUAACCAACGGUACUGGGGUGGAGAACGUUUCCCUGGGUGUGCUGGGCUUAGCCAUCCCUCAGCUUAAUGAUUUCCUGGUUAACUGCCAGCGGGAACACCUAACUUAUGAUGAGAUCCUCAGCAUUAUACAAAAAUUUGAACCGUCUGUAAGCAUGCGUCAGAUGGGCUGGAUGUCCUUUGAAGGAUUUGCGAGGUUUCUGAUGGACAAAGAUAACUUUGCAUCUAAGAAUGAGGAAUCUCAAGUAAACUUCGAAGAUCUGCAGUACCCACUGUCUUACUAUUACAUUGAAUCCUCACACAACACAUACCUCACCGGUCACCAGCUCAAAGGAGAGUCCUCAGUGGAACUAUACAGCCAGGUGCUGCUGCAGGGCUGUAGGAGCGUGGAGUUGGAUUGCUGGGAUGGAGAUGAUGGCAUGCCCAUUAUUUACCACGGACACACCCUGACGACCAAGAUCCCAUUUAAGGAUGUGGUGGAGGCUAUCAACCGCACAGCAUUCGUCAACUCUGAGAUGCCCGUAAUCCUGUCCAUUGAGAACCAUUGUUCUUUGCCUCAACAGCGUAAAAUGGCAGAAAUCUUCAAGACGGUGUUUGGAGAGAAACUGGUGACUAAGUUCCUGUUUGAGAGCGAUUUCUCCGAUGACCCGCUGCUGCCCUCACCUCUGCAGCUCAGAGGAAAGAUCCUGCUGAAGAAUAAGAAACUAAAGGCUCACCAAGCCCCUGUUGACAUUUUGAAACAGAAAGCGCACCAACUAGCACACAUGCAAGCUCAAGCUAACAACGGCGCUCCAGGCAGUAGUUCCCUUGGCAACAACGAAGAAGAAGAAGAGGAGGAAGAUGAAUAUGACUAUGACUACGAGUCUCUUUCCGAUGCUGAUGUCCUCACAGCAUCCACAGCCUCCUAUGGUCAGGAAGAUAACAUACUGGAUGAUAAACCGGAGGGAAAAUCAUCAAGUGAUAAGCUACAGUAUGAGUCCAAUGAUGAAAUGCCAAAGAGGCUUAAAAAAGCAGACUGUACCACUCAAAGUAAAGGAAAGAUGUUUGACAUGGAACUUGGGGAGGAAUUUUAUCUCCCCCAGAAUGAAAAGGAGAACAGACAGAUUGCACAGGAGCUUUCAGAUCUCAUCAUCUACUGCCAAGCAGUCAAGUUCCCAGGCCUCUCCACACUCUCCCCUUCGGGGUCUGGAAGAGGAAAAGACAGAAAGACCAGGAAGUCCAUAUUUGGCAGCGGUCCCGGUCGCGGGAGCCCUGGGGAAUCUGUGAUGCUCGCCCGAACCCCAGGGAAAGGCGGUUUGGAGGGGAUGCGCGUGAGUUGGGAGGAGCAGACGUCUCCUGUCCUGAGUCCCAGCACCUCCUUGAGCGCCAUUAUCCGCACGCCCAAGUGUUACCACAUCUCCUCGGUCAACGAGAACGCCGCCAAACGCCUGUGUCGGCGCUACUCGCAGAAACUCAUCCAGCACACCACCUGCCAGCUGCUCCGCACCUACCCGGCAGCCACGCGCAUCGACUCGGCCAACCCUAACCCCCUCACCUUCUGGCUGCACGGCGUUCAGCUCGUCGCCCUUAACUACCAAACCGACGACCUUCCCAUGCAGCUGAAUUCGGCUCUGUUUGAGGCUAACGGGCACUGUGGAUAUGUUCUGAAGCCCCCCGUGCUCUGGGACCGCAGUUGCCCCAUGUACCAGCAGUUCUGCCCUCUGGAGCGAGACGUGGAGCAUAUGAGUCCCACGCUGUACUCACUCACCAUUGUGUCAGGACAGAACGUGUGUCCAGGAAACACUAGCGGCAGCCCCUGCGUGGAAGUGGAAGUUCUGGGACUGCCAGUAGACAACUGUCACUUCCGUACCAAGCCCAUCCACCGGAACACACUCAAUCCCAUGUGGAACGAACACUUCUUACUGCCAGUGCACUUUGAGGACAUGGCAUUUCUGAGGAUUGCUGUGGUGGAGAACAACAGCUCCCAGGUCACGGCCCACCGCAUCCUGCCCCUAAGAGCCUUGAAGCCUGGGUACAGGCACUUGCAGCUGAGGAACCAGCACAACGAGCCUCUGGAGGUUUGCAGUCUGUUCAUCUUUAGCCGCAGGACUGAGGAAAGCUCUAAUGGAGCUGCUCUGCCUGCUGCUAUGCUGUUCAGUUCGGACGAGAGACGGGCGGCUCAGGAGCAUAAAGUGACUGUGCAUGGGGUCCCAGGCCCUGAACCCUUCACUGUAGUGUGUGUCACAGAACAGACCACAGCCAAGCAGCUGCUGGACAUGUUACUUUCCUCCACUGCAUCGUCGACUGACUACUUUCUGACUGAGGAGAAAGUGCCUCUAUCAAAAGAUAAGAGCGACAACAAAAGAGUGUGUCAACAGCGCCCCCUAGCGCCUGAAGAGGAGGUCCUCAAAGUUCUCCAUAGCUGGCAGCCAGAGGAGGGCUAUGUAGGCAGAAUAUGUCUAAGAACUAAAGAGGAGAAAUUGAAUGAGAAGAACACAGUGAUGGAGGGAGUGGAGGAGGUGACCACUACGACAGAGGAGGAUACGUUUUUUGUGCAGGUCCACGACGUUUCUCCAGAGCAACCGCACACGGUCAUCAAAGCUCCACGCUAUAGCACUGCUCAAGACAUCAUUCAACAGACACUAAGCAAAGCCAAAUACUCUCUGAGUAUCCUGAAUAACCCCAACCCCAGCGAUUAUGUCCUCGUGGAGGAGAUGACCAAAGAGCCCAGCAGUAAGAAGGCCUCCUCGGUCAGGCCCUUCCAGCGGGUGCUGCUGGACCACGAGUGCGUUUACCAAGCCCAGAGCCGCUGGAGAGGAGCAGGGAAGUUCAUCCUCAAACUCAAAGAGCAGAUCUCUCGUGAGGAUAAGCGGAAGGGCCUGUCGUUCGCCAGCGAGCUGCGGAAGCUGACGGCUCGCAGCCGCAGCGUGACGAGUCCCGUCGGGGCUCAGGCCCAGGACGCCACCCACAGUAAGGAUGAGCGGGCAGCAUGCGCCCCGGCCACGCCCGAGCCCUCAGAGUGAGCGGUCGCAGUGCUUGGUGUGCAGUGCAUGGAAUCCAGCCAGGACUGAGGGCCUGGUUGACGGAAGGCUGGUUGGGUUCACAGAGACUCAGGAGAAAUGACAGUUCUCAUUACUGUGGUGAUGGUCCUA